AUGCGCCGGCCAACACGUCGGGCCAAUCAUCGCCGCGCUGCACAGUCGCAGUCAAGAAGCCGAUCACCAGAGUCUUCACAAGCUAGCAGUAACGAUACGCGACCCGCGGAAGAAGACAACGACGAUGGGGAUGACCAGAUUGCAUUUGAAGAGGACUAUAGCAUGGGCGAUCUCCCGUUCAGCAGGGAUGAUGGCGAGGAUCGAGGCGAGGAUGGUGAGGAUCGAGGCGAGGAUGGCGAGGAUCGAGGCAAUGAGGCUGACGUUGACGAGUCGAGUGAUGACGAGUCCUCCGAUGAAGAAGCUGUGGGACUCGACAUCAUCGAGCCAAGCGACGAAGUCGAGCGCGACGGACGUCAGCUCCCGUCCUCGAUGCCCGACCGUGAGGGAUCAGCAAGUCCCAACCAGGAUCAUGUAGAGAACGAUCGCGCAGCAGAAGAAGCCUUCCUAGGCCAUCCGCCAGUAGGACGGGGCAGUGCACCCGGUGGACUACAGCCCGCUGCUCAUGAGCAGAUCCGACAGCCGCCGUCGUAUGUGGUUCCAUUCCCGGGUGGCAAGGCAGGCAAACCCGUGCCUCCUGGGUCUGGACAGGCAUCUAAGCCGGGUUACGAUACCUAUGCCGAGACGGUCGACCCUCAGUCCAAGAAUCCGUACGCUCCGUUUGCCUCUAAAAUGGACUGGGAAAUCGCACGUUGGGCAAAGUUGCGCGGAUCAGGAUCGACAGCUUUCUCUGAUCUACUUGCCAUACCUGAGGUUCGUGAACGGCUUGGUGUAUCUUACAAGAACUCGGACCAGUUAAACAAGAUCAUUGACGAGAAAUUACCGACCCGACGUCCGAUGUUCCAGCGCUUCGAGGUCGCUAUCGGCGGCGAACGUUUUGAGAUGUUCAAGCGUGACGUUCUCGAAUGCGCGCUUGCUCUCUGGGGCGAUGCGGAACAUACGCCAUACCUGUGUGUCUCUCCAGAGCGCCACUAUGCUGACGCGGACCACACCCAACGUCUCUACCACGAUUUCAACACAGGCGAGUGGUGGUGGGCAACACAGACAGCAUAUCCGGUCUAUCUCACGAUAGGCAACUUACCGAAGGAGAUCCGCCGAAAGCCGUCACAUCGCGGUCAAAUCCUACUCGCGUACCUACCGGCCAGCCGGCUGCAGCACAUUAAGAACAAAGCCGCGCGCCGCCGAGCUCUGGCGAACGUUUUUCAUGCCUGCCUCUCCAUGGUUCUCGAGCCUUUACGGAAGGCUGGUGUCGACGGUAUUGAGAUGACAAGCGGUGAUGGGGUAGUGCGCCGCUGCCAUCCCAUCCUCGCGGUGUAUGUCGGAGACUACCCCGAACAAGUCCUCGUUACAGGAACCUACACGGGACAGUGUCCCAUCUGCAAAUGUCCACACGACGAGCUCGGCAAUUACCCCCGUGUAUGUCCUUACCGCGACGUUGAUGAAGUUCUCGACGCUCUCCAUCUCUUCGGCACCGCUGACUACAACCAUGCAUGCGAAGCGGCCGGCAUCAAACCGAUCCAGCAUCCCUUCUGGGAGCAUCUCCCCUACGACGAGGUCGACGCACGUGUCAAGCGACUGCCCCCAAGCCACGGCAUGCGCGUUUUCCACAAGGGGAUCAGCGGACUGUCACGCGUGACAGGUACAGAGCACAAGCAGAUCGCACGUUUCAUCCUAGGCAUUCUCGUCGACGUCCCAUUACCGAGGAGCGACUCCGCGGAGCUCAUCAGCGCCAGCAAAGCGCUCCUCGAUUUCCUCUAUAUCGCGCAGUACCCGGUCCACUCGAAGAUGACUCUAGAUGCGCUGGAACACUCUUUGUCCGAAUUCCAUGCCCACAAAGGUGUCUUCGUAAAACUGGGUGCUCGUGUUCACUUCCACAUUCCGAAGCUGCAUAUGCUUACCCAUUACGUUCGAGCGAUCAAGUACUUCGGCACCACUGACAAUUACAACACGGAGGCCACGGAGCGACUCCACAUUGAUUUCGCGAAGGAGGCAUAUCGCGCAACGAAUCACAAAGACGAAUUCCCGCAGAUGACGAAGUGGCUCGAGCGCCGCGAGAAGGUGUUGCAGCACGCCGACUACGGGGUACGCUGGCGUCCACCGGACAUGGCAUGUACGCUCCAUCAUCUCAUGACGAAAUACCCUAGCCGUAAGGCUGUUCCUGUCACCGAACUGGUCUCUUCGGAGGGCUAUGGUGCGACAUACCUUAUGCCCGCUCUGGCGCGCUUCCUCAUCGAGCACAACAAUCCCUUACUGUCACGGAAUGAGGUGGAAGCUCGAGCUGAAUAUAUCCGCUUCCCUUUCACGGCUCUGCCAGUCUUCCACAAGAUCAAAUUUCGCAACAUUGAACAUCACGGCAAGGAAACUCUGGACUCGAUACACGCUCGACCGCGGCAGCAGGGGCGCAACAAUAUGCGUGUGGGACGAGUUCGUGUCGUUUUUACGCUCCCACAGAACGUUCUUCCCCAACUGUUCUCGGUGGUAACGACCCAGGGUACGCGCUGCCCGCAGCACCUUGCAUACAUCGAAUGGUUUUCCCGAUUCACACGCAACCCUGACACCCAUACCCAAAUGUACAGGAUCACGGCACUGACUGGUCCUGACAAGAUCGGUUCUGUAGUGCCACUUGCCCUGCUCGAACGUAGUGUCCAUCUAUUUCCGAAGUGGGGCGGUCCGGCGCCAGUACACUGGACGAAAGAGAAUGUAUUGGAUCAGUGUAAGGCAUACUAUCUCAAUCAGUACAAGAACCCGCACGAUUAUUACAAUCUGUAUUAG